AUGGGUGCAAAGGAUUGGUUUUGUGUUGAGUUUCAGGUUUUGAUUGGGAAGGAAGCAAUGGGUUUUGAUUGGGAAGGAAGCAAUGGAUAUGUUCUUAGUAUCCUUCGAAACACGACCGGGGUACGGUCGGUCCAUGAGGACGUCAAAAUCGAGAAACUUACUACGCAUACACCCGAUUUUCUCGGAUUACCAGCACAUAUAUGGCCAAGAUUAGGUGGUGUAGAGGGAGCUGGUGAAGGGGUUGUGAUAGGUUUCAUUGAUACUGGGAUAAAUCCUAACCAUCCUAGUUUUAUGACAAGUUCUUCUUCAGGGUUUUUAAAUAGUACAAAGUUUAAAGGGAAAUGCGACACUGGUGAGCUAUUCCCUUCAACAGCAUGUAAUGGAAAGAUAAUAGGUGCUCAAUAUUUCGCGCAUGGAGCAAUAGCUAACGGUGAGUUUAACGCUACUCGUGAUGUGUCGUCUCCUUACGAUGCAGAUGGACAUGGAAGGCAGCUGACAAACACAAUAUAUACAUGUUCUAGCCAUACAGCAUCUAUAGCUGCAGGGAACCAUGAUAUUCGAGUGAUCGUCGAUGGUUUCGAUUAUGGUGCUGCGAGUGGAAUGGCUCCAGGAGCUAGGAUUGCUGUGUAUAAAGCUCUUUAUACUUUCGGAGGGUAUAUGUCAGAUGUUGUGGCCGCAGUUGAUCAGGCAGUUGAAGAUGGUGUUGAUAUACUUAGUCUCUCGGCCGGUCCAUCGAGUGUUCCUUCCGGGGAUUCUGCUUUCCUCGAUGUGCUCGAACUGCAGCUCUUGUUUGCUACCAAAGCUGGUGUUUUAGUUGUUCAAGCUGCUGGAAAUGGUGGACCUUCUUCUAGUUCAGUCAUUUCAUUUAGUCCUUGGAUCACUAGUGUUGCUGCAUCUAUUACCGAUCGUAAAUAUAACACUACCAUCGUGCUCGGAAAUGGACAAAGCUUCACCGGAACUGGCCUUUCACCUCCCACAGAUGGUGAAAUAGAUUACAAUAUAGCUGCAGCAGCUGAUGUAUGUGUGAGGAAUGCUACAAUCAUCACAGUUGAUAGUUGUCAAAAUCCUGAACCGUUCAUCCGACCCUUGGUCUAUAGAAGGCUUAUUAUUUGCACGUAUACAUUCGAAUAUGAGUACGAAGCUGCGAGCAUUGCAACCGUUGCAGACACUAUGAUGGAAAUAGGGGCAGCUGGUUUUAUAAUCACAUUGGAUCCUAAUAUUGGUCCUGAGGUAGUGAAAGGAACUAUGCUGACCCUGCAGAUCCCUGCCAUUGUCCUUAACGACAUGCAAGCUUCAUCGGCUUUAUGGGAGUAUUACAAUGCCAAUACUAUUAGGGACAAAAGAGGACAAGCAGUGGCAUUUGCUGCAAAAGCAAGGAUAUUAGAUGGAAGGCAAGCACUUUAUACGGGGCAGGCUCCGGUUGUGGCAUCAUACUCUUCUCGAGGUCCUGAUGUGAAAAACGCGCUUAUGCAAACUGUUGAUGUACUUAAACCAAAUGUCAUGGCCCCUGGAACCUCUAUUUGGGCUGCAUGGAGUCCUGAUAGUGAAGGAGAUAAAUACGUCAAAGGGCAAAGUUUUGCACUUAUAUCCGGUACAAGCAUGGCUACCCCACACAUUGCUGGCAUUGCUGCUUUGAUCAAGCAAAGACAUCCUAAAUGGGGUCCUGAUGCUAUCACAUCCGCAAUGAUGACAACUGCCGAUAGAACUGGUCAUUCAGGUGCCCCUAUUCUAGCUGAAUCAUCAAACGAACUUAUUCAAGCUACUCCAUUCGAUUUUGGGGCAGGUUCCAUCAAUGUCUCUCAAGCCAUGAAACCAGGACUCAUAUUCAAUGUCACUUUCAAACACUAUGUUCAAUUCCUUUGUGCUGUUCCAGGUAUCGAUGUCAAGUCCGUGAAAAAAGCUGUAGGAGUUGCUUGUCCUACUAAAAAUAAGUUCAAGUGCUCGGAUUUGAAUCUAGCGAGUGUAACGAUCUCGAAUUUAGUUGGAAAAAGAAAGGUGAUCCGAUAUAUAAAAAAUGUGAGUCAUAAGGAAAAAUAUACCGUACAUAUAAAGGAGCCAUUAGGCGUAAAUGUUACCGUAGUUCCGGAGUCGUUUAGGAUCAAAAGAAGAGGUUCGAGGCGCCUAAGGCUCGUAUUUGAAGCAAUUGAGGCAACAAAUGCUUACACAUUUGGGGAAAUGGUGUUAAAGGGUAAGAAACACAUUGUAAGAGUUCCUUUAGCUGUUUAUGUAGGUUCUGCUUCAAGUUCUUGAUAUUUAUCUAUCUUCUCAAACAAGCAAAUGGAGAAAUGUAUCACUUGCUCUUCAAGAAACCGACCUCUUUAUUUGUAAGAGCUUGUUCAUUAAAUAAUCAUCACUUUCUUGUUCAACAAAGGGAA